UCUUUCCCUCCCCUCCCGGCACAUCCUUCCCUCACCCCGCCCCCACAACCCCAAAUCCCGUCCCCAAUAUGUUGCUCCUCCUCCUCGCCAUCCGACCUCUCCUCCGUGAAUGGGGGGGUGAGAGCCCCCCUCCCAAACUGCCUGCUUCUCCCGGAAGUGGAGCUUCUGCGCCGGAUUGCUGAUUUGCGCCGUAGCUCUAGGGGCGCGCGCUUUCGGAAAGUGGAGGAGGGGCGGCAGGGGAGGACACCCCCCCCCGUGGAUAUUGCAGGAAAGGAAAGGAGAAUUGGGAGCGAGGACAAAGAGGGUCUGCCUUCACCUGCAGCAGAAUUCCCCAACCCACCAAGGAUUUGAGACCCAUCAGGUAUCCUCACCUGGUUUAGCCGGCCGGUUGAAACCGUUCCUGGGCUUGUGGCCCCUAUUCUAUCCUGACAGCUUCUGGAAGCCACAGUUCUCUUCCUUGAAACCCAAACAGGAUUUCCUUUCCUCCCACUCUGAAGAAGGAGAUGAAGACAGUCAGAACUCCAGUGAAUGGGGCACCUUUCGUUUCAUUAGGAAUAGACAUUAAAAUGUGUGAAAUGUGGAAUAUGCUUCAUUGAAUGAGCACACAUAGUUCACAUCAACGACCUCCAACAGGGGAGAAACCAUUUAAAGGUAUGGAGUGCGGAAAGAGCUUUAGUGAUAAUGGAAAACUUAGAACACAUCAACGGACACAUACAGGGGAGAAACCAUAUAAAUGUAUGGAGUGUGGAAAGAGCUUCAGUAUCAGUGGAAACCUUAGAACACAUCAACGGAUUCACACAGGGGAGAAACCAUAUAAAUGUAUGGAGUGUGGAAACAGCUUCAGUCAGAGUAGACACCUCAAUAUACAUCAACGGACGCACACAGGAGAGAAACCAUUUAAAUGCCUGGAGUGCGGAAAGAGCUUUAGUGAGAAUGGAAAACUUAAAACGCAUCAACGGACUCACACAGGGGAGAAACCAUUUAAAUGUAUGGAGUGUGGAAAGAUCUUCAGUAAGAAUGGAAACCUUAGAACACAUCAACGGAUUCACACAGGGGAGAAACCAUAUAAAUGCAUGGAGUGCGGAAAGUGCUUCAGUCAGAGUGGACACCUUGAUAUACAUCAACGGACUCACACAGGGGAGAAAUCAUAUAAAUGUAUGGAGUGUGGAAAGAGCUUUAGUGAUAAUGGAAAACUUAGAAAACAUCAGCGGACUCACACAGGGGAGAAACCAUUUAAAUGCAUGGAGUGCGGAAUGAGCUUUGGUGAUAAUGGAACACUUAAAAAACAUCAGCGGACUCACACAGGGGAGAAACCAUUUAAAUGCCUGGAGUGCGGAAAGUGCUGCAGUCAGAAUGGAGACCUUAGAAAACAUCAACGGAUUCACACAGGGGAGAAACCAUUUAAAUGCAUGGAGUGCGGAAAGAGCUUCAGUCAGAGUGGAAAUCUUAGAAAACAUCAGCAGACACACAGGGGAGAAACUGUUUAAAUGUAUGGAGUGCGGAAAGAGUUUCAGUCAGAGUGGAAAUCUUAGAAAACAUCAGCAGACACACAGGGGAGAAACUGUUUAAAUGUGUGGACUGUGGAAGGAGCUCCAGUCAGAGUGGAACCCUUGAUUUAUGUGAACAAACUCACACAAAACACAAACCUUAUAAAUAUCAGGAAAGUAGAUAGAGGUUCAGUCUUGGUGGAAAUUCUAAAUCAACAGAUUCAUGGACAGGAAGAACCCUACA